GGUGUUCCUCUCUCCUAGGUUCCACCGCUCAAAAAUAGCACAUGUAGAGUUCCUGGUUUUUUCCUCUUCCCUGUGCACCAAUCCACCACCAGACUGCCCUUUCCCGUGAUGAUGCAGAGGACAUCCUAGGAGACGUGUCUGCCGGUGGGGCGACCUCGGGCCGAAGCGGGAACGGCCAGGGGCGGCGACCUUGGGGCCGGGGCAGGGGCGGGCCAGCGAUGGCGACCGCGGGACAGGGCAGUUGCGUGCCAGGGAGGGCUCUCUUGAGGCGGAGCAGGCGCGAGGGCCCGGGGAAGAGCAUGCGCGGGCUCAUGGCGGCCACGUCGGGGCGGAGCAGGCAGGGACCGGCGGACCUUGGGGUGGGGCAACCGCCUGCCAGGGACGGCGCCCAUGGUGCGGAGCAGGCAAGGCCAGCGGCGGCCACGGCGGGGCAGAGCAGGCAGGGACCGGCGGACCGUGGGGCAGGGCAGCCGCGUGCCAGGGACGGUGCCCAUGGGGCGGAGCUGGCGGGGGCCUGGGACGACGACCUUGGGCCGGUGGAAGCGCGUGCCUGGGGCGGACCAGGCAGGGCCAGCGGCGGCCACGUCGGGGUGGAGCAGCCAGCGGCUAGCGGCGGCCACGUCGCGGCGGAGCAGCCAGAGGCCGCCGGCGGAGAAAAACGGCGGUGGCUGGAUGAAGAAGAAAACAACAGUACUCCAUGCAGUAUCCGAUCUGACCAAUGGAAGGGACACUGCUGAAGAACGUGUCCUUGAGCUCUUAUGAAUGGCAAGUGAUUCUACCGCUGGCUGAACCUGGGAAUUUGGAGAUCCGAUUCAAGGGCUCUCUUUGAUGUUGACUUUGUUUUCAUUGAACGCUAGGUUAGUACUAAAUUUCACCAGUUGCAGCAGUAUACAUCUCCAUGGUUUACUUAGGGUCUUUUAUGAUUUAUGCAAUGGUCGACUGAUAUUCCCAACAAUUAAUAUUUACAAAAUAGCACAGUGGAUAGACUAUUGGUUGCCACUGGACAUUUCAAUGCUUCAUAGUUCAUAGUCCCAGCUAUUUAAUCAAAAUUUGAUUUUAAUAAAUUCAGGCUUUGCACACUAGGUUAAUGUUUCAGUUGUAGCGUAUAGUUGCCAUACUAGAGUGGCCAGCUUCUUUUGCUUCUUUCGCGGAUCACAGGUUCGAUAUGACUACACAGCGGAGACAGUACGUACUACAAAAGUUCACAUGGGCCAACAAUAUUGUUGCAUGCUUACUGUUUUCUAUUUUUUAGAAUGACUAAUGUUGCAUGGUUGUUCAUAGAACUGUGGCCAACUUCUUUUUAUUUCUUUCGCCAGAUUGCAUUAUCCAUUUUGUUUAGGUCAGAUGAUUUUGCAUAUGUUGAUGCCUGCUGAGUGCCACAAUGGAAGAGUCAGUGCCUGGUUACCGGGUGGAUCAAUUCAGGCACCAAUUUAAGGAGGACUCCAUCUACACAAUAGUGUUUUACCCUCUAUGAGGCGAAAAAAACAUAUAGAUAAGUCGACCACCCCUUCAGGACUGAAAGAAUAUUCACAUCGUGAGCAACUGGAAUGAAGCAAAACAUUAUGUUUUCAGAUCACGAAAUAAAUCAUUGGUUUAGGUAUGAUAACCUCACAUGCAUACAAUGAAUUUUUCACUAACAUGAUAUGAAUUGUACAUGCCUGAUUUGGUUCAUGUAGUCAAUGUUACACCUCUUUCAGGGCAGCUGAAUAGGAAAGAUUUCACAUUUACAUCACGUAUCGGAGGUACAUUGUUCUGGUAAUUAGUGGUUUCCAAAGCAUGUCAUGGUUACAUAUUUAUCAAGUACAGUGCUUUAUGCAAGAAAGCAACCAUCGUUGCAUGGGGUGAGCAUGCCAUUGCGCUGUUGGCGUAUAGGCAAUCUAUAUAUUGAAGUACUUCAAAAUAAACUUGGUGCACAUCUACAUUAUGUUUCCUAAGUAGUUUUUACGACUUAAAACUGAACUGCCAUUUUUAUGUAACUUUGGACUGCAAGAGCAUCGGCAACUUAGAUCUCCUUCUCUCUCAUCUAUGCAUGUAAAUGGUGUUCUUCUCUUUUUUAUUUUACUCUGCCUACAACUGAACCAUCUAUGUACUGUGAGGUCCCUUUCCCAUGGAUGAUAUAACUCAAUUGCGCAUCUGCGGAGUGUCUGCUUUCUUGACUAUUCCAGGAAUGAUUCACACCGAGUAAUAGAGAUAUGGCAGGUAUGUUGAUUAAUUCCUGCAAUCAGGGUCAUGUCAAAUAUUCACAGCUGGCAAGUGAAGUAUAGGGACAAAGCGGCUUAUACCAGCUAGCCAACCUUCUAUAUAUAUGGUUGUUUUGGUAUUUUUCUAAUACACUGAUUUUAUCUAUAGAUAAUGUUAAUCAUAUUUUUGGUUGUUCAGGGACAGUAAAAAUUGAGUGUAUGCACAACCUACCAUUUCCCCCCCAUCUUUAGUAUUUAAUUUAGUGGUUGACCCUUAGUUGCAUACUCCAUAUCAUUUUUAUGUGAUGCUGA